ACUCCUCCUGCUCUGGUCCUGUCUGGUCCCUGCCCCACAGUGUGUCCCCAGCACAUGUCCCUGUGCCACCGCAGCCCUGGGCCAGGCACCGUGCCCUGCGGUGAGGUCACAACGUCUGGGUUCUAUCUCCUCCUCCUGGGGCUGGUGUUGCCUUGGUUUCUUGUGGAGUUUGAGGGAGGAGAACCUGUUAAGAGGAGAGCGUUGAUCUGGGAGAUCUGCAGCCACGAGGAGGAUGAGGGCGCUCCGAGCUCUCUGUCCAUGUGUGUGUCCCCCGUCCAGAGCCUCCAGUCCUGAGGACAGAGACGGGGUGACGGGGACUGUCCCUGAGGCUGUCGACACCUUUGUGGCCAUUGGGACAUCUGGGCUGAAACAGCUGCAAGACCAUGAGGGCAACCGGGUGGACACAUACCGGGAGCUGGAGCAUGCCUUGCAGGGAGAGGAUGGCUGCUUGCCCGGUGGUGUUGUGAACCGCCUCAUAGCAGAGGCCUCGGGUGACCUGCGAGCAGCCCAGGGUGUGAUGGAUGAUGUGAAGAUGGCCGCCAGUGACUUCUUGGUGGCUCUGGCCCGCACCCACUUUUACUUCGUCAUGGCUGAGCUGCAGAGCCACCUGAAGGUGGUGGGGAAGGUCCCUGAUGAGGCUGUGCUCGUCACCUUGGGCAAGAUGGCUGGCAGCUAUGCCCUGCGCUGUGUCCCCUUCGCGGGAGCGACGCUGCUGGCCCUGCGCAGGACGCUGAGCCGGGCAGGGAGCGGCCGGACCCUGCGCAUCAUCUGCGGGGGUUUGAAGUCCCUGCACUGA